GACCCGUCGGGGCACAGCCCCUACUCAUGGUGCCCAGGCGUCCUGGCUAUGGCACCAUGGGCAAACCCAUUAAACUGCUGGCCAACUGCUUCCAAGUUGAAAUCCCAAAGAUUGAUGUCUACCUCUAUGAGGUGGAUAUCAAACCAGAUAAGUGUCCUCGGAGGGUGAACAGGGAGGUGGUGGACUCAAUGGUGCAGCAUUUUAAAGUGACAAUAUUUGGGGACCGUAGACCAGUUUAUGAUGGGAAAAGAAGCCUCUAUACAGCCAAUCCACUUCCUGUGGCCACUACUGGGGUGGAUUUGGAUGUGACAUUACCAGGAGAAGGUGGAAAAGAUCGUCCCUUCAAAGUGUCCAUAAAGUUUGUUUCUCGGGUGAGCUGGCACUUGCUGCAUGAAGUUUUGACAGGAAGAACCUUGCCUGAGCCUCUGGAGCUAGACAAACCUAUCAGCACUAACCCUGUUCAUGCUGUCGAUGUGGUGCUACGACACCUACCCUCCAUGAA